ACAGUUGUUUUUAUUUUUACAAUUAAUAAUUUUGCUGUCAAAAAUUUAUGAGUUUUCCGGCUAAUGUGUCACAUAUUUAUCGGAGAUUCUUCCAAUUACCUGUGUUUAGUGGAAUAAAAAACGGGACCAGAUUUGUUAAACGCACAAUGAGCGAUUCCAAAGGCUUAACAGAUGAAGAAGCCAAGGCAUUAUGCAAGAAGGCUGACCCUUCAACAAAGGAAUUUUUAUUUCAACAAACCAUGUUUCGUAUAAAAGAUCCACAUAAAUCCAUACCAUUUUAUACUGGAAUUUUGGGAAUGACAUUAUUGCAAAAAUUAGACUUUCCAGAAGCUAAAUUUUCUCUAUAUUUUAUGGGGUUCGAAAAAGAGGAUGAAGUGCCUACAGAGAAAAAGGAACGAACUAAAUGGGCUUUAAGUAGAAAAGCAACACUUGAAUUAACUCAUAAUUGGGGAACUGAAAAUGACCCUAAUCAAGCUUAUCAUAAUGGAAAUUCGGAUCCAAGAGGAUUUGGACAUAUAGGAUUGGAAGUUCCAGAUGUAUAUGCUGCUUGUAAAAAAUUUGAAGAGUUAGGUGUUGAAUUUGUUAAAAAACCUGAUGAUGGUAAAAUGAGAGGAUUAGCUUUUAUUAAGGAUCCUGAUGGUUAUUGGAUUGAAAUUUUCAAUUCAAAUACAGUUGCUAAUUACUAAUUAAUUGUGCCUUAAUACAGAUAUGCAUUAAUACAAUGAGACUUCUUAUAAGAAAAAGCAAUCACUAUAAAGAUUUUUUAAAAUAUUUAAAAUAUUUUUCAAUAAUUUGUUUUAUGUUUAAUUUAAAGGCUGUAAAGCAAUAAAUCAGAAAAUAUUAUUAUAA